UUAUUGUGUAUAACUUAACAAUUUAUAAGUAAUAAGUGGAAAGAAAAUUGCAAAAUAAUGAAUAGUAAUGUAAACAUUUUAAUCACCUAGUUUUCUAUUAAUGUUUAAAUAUAUACAGCGGUGCAUAUUUUUAUUAGCGAACUCUUAACUAUAGCGGUAAUGCCUGAGAUAAAGAUUACCCCUUUAGGAGCCGGUCAAGACGUUGGACGAAGUUGCAUUUUACUUUCAAUGGGGGGAAAAAAUAUAAUGUUGGAUUGCGGAAUGCAUAUGGGUUACAACGAUGAACGUAGAUUUCCGGACUUUUCUUUUAUAUGUCCUGAAGGCCCCAUUACUCCCUAUAUAGACUGUGUCAUCAUUUCUCAUUUUCAUUUAGAUCAUUGUGGAGCAUUACCAUACAUGUCUGAAAUGGUGGGUUACAGUGGCCCUAUUUAUAUGACUCAUCCCACUAAAGCAAUAGCUCCAAUACUCUUGGAAGAUAUGAGAAAAGUGUCAGUGGAGAGGAAAGGAGAUCAAAACUUUUUUACCUCACAAAUGAUAAAAGAGUGUAUGAAAAAAGUGAUUGCUGUAACAUUACAUCAAAGUGUGAUGGUAGACAAUGAUUUGGAAAUUAAAGCUUAUUAUGCUGGGCAUGUUCUUGGGGCAGCUAUGUUUUGGAUACGAGUUGGGUCACAAUCAGUUGUUUAUACUGGUGAUUAUAACAUGACUCCAGACCGUCAUCUAGGUGCUGCCUGGAUUGAUAAAUGUAGACCAGAUUUGCUUAUAAGUGAAUCAACUUAUGCAACUACAAUAAGAGAUUCCAAAAGAUGUAGAGAAAGAGACUUCCUGAAAAAAGUUCAUGAGUGUAUAGAUCGUGGAGGAAAGGUUCUGAUACCUGUUUUUGCAUUAGGCAGAGCACAAGAACUUUGUAUAUUACUGGAAACUUAUUGGGAGCGCAUGAAUUUGAAGGCACCAGUAUACUUUGCUGUUGGUUUAACUGAAAAAGCAAAUAACUACUAUAAAAUGUUUAUAACUUGGACUAAUCAGAAGAUCAGAAAAACAUUUGUGCAGAGAAACAUGUUUGACUUUAAACAUAUCAAACCAUUUGAUAGGUAA